ACUUACAAUGGUGAAGCCGAUCAAGUGAAGUUGAAAUGCUGCAAUAAGGAGACUUGCUGUUGCAUUGGUCCUUGUGAAUUUGAAAAUAGGACUCAAGUAUGUGCACCAUCCUAGAUGCAUCCUAGAUUUAGUUAAACUUUUGUCUGUAUACAGUCAGAAAAAAUCAUCUUCACAUCACAUUUUACAGAGGGAGGUGAAAAUCAUCAAAAGACACAACCCACCAUGCCUUCAUGGGGGCUAGGAGAGGAUAAAUCUUUGAGAGAGAUCCGAACAGUGACCGAUGGCCUGAAGAAGUUGUACCGGGAGAAGCUUCUGCCCUUGGAGAAGCAGUACACCUUCUCCGACUUCCACUCUCCAGGCUUAGAGGAUGCAGAUUUUGACAAUAAACCUAUGGUUCUAUUGGUGGGCCAAUAUUCCACUGGAAAAACAACUUUUAUAAGAUAUCUGCUCGAGCAAGACUUCCCAGGAGGUAGAGUGGGGCCUGAACCGACAACAGACACCUUCACAGCCAUCAUGUAUGGGGAUGUGGAGGGCAUCAUUCCAGGAAAUGCGUUGAUUGUUGAUCCCAAUAAACCCUUUCGCAAACUCAAUCCAUUUGGAAACAAGUUUCUUAACAGAUUUCAAUGUGUUCAACUGCCAAAUCAGGUUCUGCAGAGUAUCAGCCUCAUCGACACACCAGGAAUUUUGUCCUCAGCCAAAAAGAGACUGAGCAGAGGAUAUGAUUUUCAAGCUGUCCUUCAGUCAUUCGCAGAGCACGUUGAUCGCAUUAUACUCCUCUGUGAUGCCAACAAACUGGAUGUUUCCGAUGAGUUCUCACGCACGAUAGGGGCGCUGCGCGGUAAUGAGGACAAGCUGAGGGUUGUGCUCAAUAAGGCCGACCUAGUAGACACUCAGCAGCUGUUGCGGGUCUAUGGCGCCCUCAUGUGGUCGCUGGGGAAGGUGUUCCGCACUCCUGAGGUGCUGAGGGUUUACAUAGGGUCCUUCUGGUCGUCGCCGCUCAGGGUGCCCGACUACCGUCGAAUGUUUGAGAAGGAGGAGGAGAGCCUCUUCAAAGACAUCCAGGAUUUGCCUCGCAAUGCCGCUCUGCGCAAACUCAAUGAUCUGGUCAAAAGAGCUCGUUUAGUGAGGGCCCAUGUUUACAUUAUUAGCUAUCUCAAACAAGAAAUGCCCUUGAUGUUUGGAAAAGAGACCAAGAAAAGGGACCUGAUCUACGACCUUCCAGACAUAUUCGCUAGGAUCCAACAGCGGCAUCAGAUCUCUCCUGGUGACUUCCCAGACUGUGCCAAGAUGCAGGAACGACUGAUGAGUCACGACUUCACCAAGUUUAAGGUGCUGAAGCCCAAACUAAUGACAGCUUUGGAUGAUUUUCUGACCACUGACAUUGCGAGACUUAUGCCUCUCUUGCACAAGGAAGAAAUUGAAGUGGCCAGCCAACCAGGGGUGCAAGGGGGAGUGUUUCUGGGGCCACACAGAGGCCCUUUCAAUAAUGGCAACCCUUUUGUGCAGCUUCAGGAGAAUAUAAUAGAAGGGGACAUAGCAGACUGGAUAGUUGCUAAAGAUAAGGCCAAAUACGACGAGAUCUUUUACAACCUCUCCCCCAACGAUGGCAAACUGAAUGGCACCAAAGUUAAGAACUGGAUGAUAAGCACCCAGCUGCCCACCUCAGUCCUGGGCCGAAUCUGGAAGCUUUCUGAUGUGGACCGAGAUGGCAUGCUGGACGAGGAUGAAUUUGCCCUAGCGAGCUAUCUCAUUGAGGUCAAGCUGGAAGGUCAUGGCCUUCCUCCAGUGCUUCCUGCUCAUUUAGUGCCCCCAUCAAAGCGCAAAAGGAAGAGUGGGAAAGAUGAAGAACCAGAGUUGGUUGCACCAGUUGAGUCAGAGCAACCCACGGCUGUAGAUGAUGAUGAUGAUCAUGAUCAUAAUGAUGAUGACGAUGAUGAACAGUGAAAAGGAGACAUAGAUAUUGUUAUGUUACUGCUUAACUUAAUCUCUGUAUUUCUCCCCAAUUUUUAUAUGGACUUAACAUACUGUUAUUACAUUUAGAUUGUACAUUUAUUCAUUUAGCAGAUGCUUUUAACCAAAGCGACGCACUGAAUGAAUAAUAACACUCAAGCUGUGGUGCAGAGGAGAACCUAGGUAGGAAUUACUAGUGCAUCCAAUACCAUUCCUAGAGGGUGAGAGUGCAGACGUCAUAAGUACUAGUCAAAGUGUAGUAAAAGGACAAUGAGGUAGAGGGAGGUGUGGGUGGGAAGUGGGAAGUGCAUGGUAAGUGUGUGUUAGGUGGGCCAGGUUGUUAGAAGUGUUGAGGGAGGAGGUGUUUACCAUCUUGGUAUUACCAUCAAAUAGCCUAUUGCAUGUAGAGAAGUGCCAAGAGAAAAAUAAUCACGUGUAAAGGUAUUGCAUGAAUUUUGGUAAGACUAAACCAUUAGAAAACCAAUUAUCAAGGUUUGGUAAUAUUCACAACAAUGAGUGAGUCUCUGUGCAAUUUAAUCAAAUUUAUAUGUUGAAAAUAAACUUUCCUUCUCUCUUCCUGUCAUUGGAUUCUAAUGGAAAAACUUCCUUUACUGGAAAUUACUGGAAUGUCUUAAUGAUGUCUCAAGAGUAAACUCAAACUGUUAUACCGUAUAUUAUUGACCAUCAAUGUGGUGUUUUAAAUUGCAUGCUGCAUUAAGCCAACAUUCUGGAGUGGAUUGGUUACAUUUGUUUGUGUACAAGAAAUUAAAUGUAUGACUUGGUGAAGGUGUAAAAAAGAUCCCUAGGCCGUAUAGAAUUAGCCGUAAGACUGUGACAUGUAAAAAGUAUUGUGUCCUGCAAGUUUUAUAUGACAGUGGACCCACGUGUUUAAUGGAAAUACCUUAUCUUUAAAUAGGCUAACGUUACACCUCAUUCGUGGAAGUCCGAUAGAAAUAAAUAUCCUUGAAGAUGUUUGAUUCACAAGACACCCCAAAGUUCAAAGACAUGGCAAGCAAGGACACCAAACACGCAUGCGUGAAGCUAUCAUGAUUAGGCUACGCAUAAUUCACGAAUAUGCUUAGUUUAUUAUACGAACGAAACUGAGGUAAUCUACAAAAUAUGAUUCACAUACCACAAAAGAGUAAUUGUUAGAUAAAAAAAAAGUAAUUUAAUCGACGUGUUUCCCUUUAUACAGCUGUGGUCGGAAGUGUGCUUACGUUUUACAUGUUUAUCUAACUACGAUUUCCUGGGCUGAUCCCUCAGAAUGUCUCGGUCCUUGCUCCGCCUUGGUUACAUAGUAGUUAAGGAAAUAUUACCUACUCGUUUCCCCAGAGUGAGUUCAAUAUCCAAUAGUUCCCUACCAGUUUAUAGCUGCUGUCCGGAUCCUGCAGUUGCAUUUAGAGCUAGUUCGACCUGCGCCAUGGGUGUGAAAAUUCAUGUUGUUUACUGUGGUGGAUGAGGGUACAAGCCCAAGUUCACCAGAUUCAAGACAUUGCUUGAGGAUGAAUUCCCGGGCGAGCUUGACAUAACUGGUGAAGGUACCCCUACAUCAACUGGAUAUUUUGAGGUGGAGGUAGAGGGAAAGUUGGUGCACUCCAAGAAGAAUGGGGAAGGGUUUGUAGAUGAUGCCAAGAAAAUGGAUAAAGUUGUGAGUGCCGUCGAGAAGUGUCUGGGCAAAUAAGUGUUUGCUGACAGAGUUUUACUUCCUCUGUUGUACUUCCUCCUGGGAAUUGCGAAUGAUGGUGUUGCCUAAAGUGUCUAUGGCACGGGUAGCAUUUGAUGGUUUAGACUCUUCCUUUGAGAGGGCCGACAGUGUGUGUGUGAAACUCCUACAGUUGCACUACUUUAUGGGAAUUCAAUUUAUAGACAAUUGGAAUUUAUUUAAGGGCAUUGUAUUAUAUCUGCUACCAUCCAAAAAAGUAAAUAUUUGAUGUUCAAGGGUAUAUAUAUACACUAUCUCAAAAUAAAAAGAAACCACUGUUUUGAAA